CCACCACGCAACCCUCAAUGGAAUCCUCGGUCCCCUUGUACUCAUCAUCCUAUCUUUUUCUCCUACUACUCCCAUCCCUCUCCCUCCUCCUUCCUCCUCCACAAGCAACAGCUUCUCCACUAUCCGAGACCACAGCUCUCCUCCACUGGAAAUCCACUCUCCAAGACCCCUCACGAGCUCUCCGCUCAUGGGCCGCCCUCCACAACUCCACCACCACCUCCCCAUGCUCAUGGCUCGGCAUCACAUGCACCAGCUCCCGCAUCACCAAGCUCAGCCUCCCGCGAGCCGGCCUUGUCGGCACCCUCGACGCCCUCGAUUUCUCUGCCCUUCCCUCCCUCGCCGUGCUCAACCUCCGUCGCAACUUCCUCGCCGGCGCCAUCCCUGCGGCCGUCGCCAACCUCUCGGGCCUCGUGUCGCUCGACCUCUCCCACAAUCGCCUCUCUGGCGGCCUCCCCGCCUCGCUCGCCACCCUCUCCCUCCUCGUAAAACUCGACCUCUCUGCUAACGAGCUCACCGGAGAAAUCAUUCCAGCCCUCUUCGCCAAUUGGACUAGACUCACCUCCCUUCAACUCCAACAAAAUCAGCUCACUGGAAACAUCCCGACCGAAAUCCGCCAUCUUUCUAAUCUCCGUAUCCUUCGUCUAUUUGACAACCAACUACGUGGCUCCAUACCUCGUGAACUAGGCGAUCUCAGGAGUUUGGUCCAACUAGAUUUGAAUUCCAACAACCUCACCGGCUCCAUUCCUCGAUCCCUAGGCAACCUAACAAGGCUGGCCAUACUGCGUCUCUCUUAUAACCAAAUCUCCGGCAACCUUCCUCAUGAACUUGGCAACUUGUCCAACCUUGGCGUCUUGUCCCUGUUCACAAACCAGCUCUCCGGACCCAUCCCUCAUGAGAUAGGGGGCCUCCAAAGCCUCGAGCUGCUUGGCCUAAGCCAAAACAGACUCACCGGUCCCAUUCCGCCGUCGAUCGGCAAUCUGAGCCAGCUGUUCAUUUUGUAUGUAAACCAAAACCAAAUCUCCGGUGGGCUUCCACCAGAGCUGGGAAAGCUUGCGAAUUUAGAAAACGUGUAUUUCGCAUAUAAUCUUCUGACGGGUUCCAUUCCUUCUAGCUUAGGAAACUUGACCCAGCUAAACCUCUUGUACCUCCUCUUCAAUCAAUUAACUGGUCCCAUCCCCCAUGAGUUAGGGAAGCUGGAGAACCUGGAGGUCCUGAUGCUCGCCAACAACUCUCUGACGGGCUCCAUUCCUUCCAGUUUCCAAAAGUUGACCCAGCUACAAGUUCUGUACGUCGGCAUGAACCAGAUAUCUGGGUCCAUCCCUUCUUAUCUCGGAAACCUGACCACGCUCCAAUCCUUGUCUUUUUACGGCAAUCAGAUCUCAGGAACCAUCCCACAUGAACUAGGAAAUCUAGUGAACUUGACUGAUCUGAUAGUUUCCAGCAACCAGAUCUCGGGUUCGAUCCCGACAUCUUUAUGCAACUUGACUCGCCUAUCAUACCUCGAGGUCUUCGAAAAUCAAUUAUCCGGUCCUUUGCCGCGAGAAAUGGCUAAUCUCACGAGCAUGGUGAACCUUCAAUUAGGUUACAACAAUUUUUCUGGCUCCCUACCUUCAGAUUUAUUCAAAGGAGGACAGCUUCAGUGGCUUUCCAUGAUCAAUUCCCAGUUCGAGGGCCCAGUGCCACAAAGCUUGCGAAACUGUACUCGGUUAGUAAGGAUCGAACUUGAGGGAAACCAGUUGACAGGGGAUAUCUCCCAAGUCUUUGGGGUGUAUCUAGAUCUGGACCUCAUAGAUCUAAGCUACAAUAGAUUCUACGGCGAGCUCUCGGCAAACUGGGGAGCAUGCCGUAAUCUGACCACCUUACACAUGUCGGGGAACAUGAUCGGCGGGAAGAUACCACCUGAACUUGGUAGAUUGCCUCACCUUGCAUCGCUUGACGUCUCUUCCAAUCAGCUAUUCGGAGAGAUUCCAAGGGAAUUGCUUCGUUUGGCUUUGCUCGAGCUGAAUUUAAGCAACAACCAGCUCUCAGGAGUGAUACCUUUGGAAAUUGGUAAUCUGUACAGUAUGACCGCUCUUGAUCUCUCAAUGAACAGCUUCACCGGCGCGAUACCGAAACAGUUGGGAGGCUGCACCCGGCUGCGAAUCUUGAAGUUGAGCAUGAAUGGCUUGAAUGGAAGCCUGCCACUCGAGGUCGGGAAUCUUGUAAACCUACAAGAAAUGCUUGAUCUCAGUCAUAACUCGCUCGCCGGAGUCAUCCCGCAACAAUUUGGCAAGCUGGUGAUGCUAGAAAACCUAAACCUCUCGCACAAUCAGCUGUCGGGCUCCAUUCCAUCAUCUUUCGAAGGCAUGCUCAGCUUGUCGUCGCUCGACUUAUCGUACAAUGAUUUGGAGGGUCCGCUGCCUAAAGAUCGAUUCUUUGAUCAGAAUGCUCGAGCAGAGUGGUUUCAACACAAUAAAGGUUUGUGCGGCGAUUUGCAUGGUUUGCCUCCAUGCCCGUCAUCUAUCAGCCAACAUCAUCAUCCAAGGAAUGCUCGCAAGCUGAUUCUUUCGAUUGUUUUCCCCACUAUUGCCGUGCUUCUGCUUUUGGUUACAUUCGUAGUCUUCCUGUUUCUUAGGGGAGCAAAGCCUAUGAAGGAGGAGGAGAGGGAAGUCCCAGUCAAGAAUCUAUUCUCGAUACUGAAUUUUGAUGGGGAGGCUGUACGCGAACAAUUUGAUGGGAAGGCUAUCUAUGAAGAAAUUAUUGUUGUCACGGAAAACUUUGAUGAGAAAUACUGCAUCGGGACGGGAGGAUAUGGCAGUGUCUACAAGGCACGGCUUCGAACGGGUCAGGUAGUAGCUGUGAAGAAGCUUCAUCCAUCGGAAGAAGUAGGUGAUGAAAGAGGCUUUCAGAAUGAGAUCCAAGCAUUAACCGAGAUACGCCAUCGUAACAUAGUGAAGUUGUAUGGGUUCUGCUCCCAUGCUCGAUGCAUGUUUCUCAUUUAUGAGUACAUGGAAAGGGGAAAUAUGUCGGCCACCUUAAGCAGCCAAGAGGCAGCCAUGGAGUUGGAUUGGAAUAGGAGAGUAAAUAUCGUUAAAGAUGUGGCACAUGCUUUAUCCUAUAUGCACCAUGAUUGCACUCCUCCAAUUGUGCAUAGGGACAUAUCGAGCAAGAAUAUCUUGUUAGAUUCCGACUUUAAUGCUUAUAUUUCAGACUUUGGAAUAGCAAGAAUUCUGAAACCCGAUUCGUCAAAUUGGAGCGCCCAUGCAGGCACACUUGGAUAUAUGGCACCAGAGAUUUCGUAUACAAUGAAGGUCACCGAGAAAUACGAUAUGUACAGUUUUGGUGUGGUGAUACUAGAAGUAAUACAAGGAAGGCAUCCAAGUGACCUUAUGUCCUCGCUAUUAUCGCAUGGCCAGAACAUGCUUCUUAAGGAUGUGCUGGACCAACGCAUCUCACUUCCCACGCUUCAAGUUGCAAAUGACGUGAUACUACUAGCUAAGGUAGCACUUGCAUGCAUACGUCCUAAUCCGGAUGCUCGACCAACAAUGAAACAUGUGUCCCAGUUAUUCACUUCUAACAAAGAUCAGAGUUUGUCAGACUAUUUUCAUACAAUUAAACUACAUCAAUUAAUGAAUUUACAAGUGUAGGUUGGAUUUUGGGUGGUCAAGAGGCCCAAGACACCAGCAGUAUGGGUGUUAAGGUGUGUAGGAUUUAUUAUGUUCACCGUAUGACACUUAAAAAUGUCAAUGUAUCCAUAUAUUGUUGCAAUGACAUAACUAUCCUUGAAGCAAGAACUCUUUGUAUAUGUAAUCUUUUCAUUAUUAUUUUAAAGAAUAUGAAUUAGAUCUUUUGAGCCUGUUUUCCUUCAGCGGAACUCAUACUUGUUGUUU